AUGCGUCUCAAGUCCAUUAAGAACAUUGAAAAGAUCACCAACACCAUGAAGAUUGUUGCCUCCACCAGAUUGAACAAGGCCCAGAGAGCCAUGCAGGCCUCUAGAGUUUUCCACGAGUCCGACAAGGAGUUCUUUGACAACGCUGAACCAGAGACUAACAAGGAGGACAAGACCUUGUUGAUUGUUGUCUCCUCUGACAAGGGUUUGUGUGGUUCCAUCCACUCCCAAAUCGCCAAGGCCGCUAGAAAGAGAGUCGAGGCUUUGAACGGUAACAUCGACAUUGUCACCAUUGGUGACAAGGUUAAGGCCCAGUUGUCCAGAACUCACGCCAACAACAUGGCUUUGGCUUUCUCCAACGUUGGUAAGGAGGAGCCAAACUUCCACGAGGUUUCCGCCAUUGUUGACGAGAUCUCCACCUUGGGCAAGUACGAGAACACUGAGAUCUUGUACAACAAGUUCGUUUCCGGUGUCUCUUUCGAGCCAUCCACCUUCUCCGUUUUCACCGCCGACGCUAUCGAAAAGGCUCCUGGCUUGAGCAAGUACGAGUUGGAAUCUGAAAACACUACUGAGGACUUGUCUGAAUUCUCUUUGGCUAACUCUCUUUUGACCGCUCAGGCUGAGGGUUACGCUUCCGAGAUUUCUGCUAGAAGAAACGCUAUGGACAAUGCCUCCAAGAACGCUGGUGACAUGAUUAACUCCUACUCUAUUUUGUACAACAGAACCAGACAGGCUGUUAUUACCAACGAAUUGGUGGAUAUCAUUACUGGUGCUUCUUCUUUGGACUAA